AUGCUUAAGGCAAAUCAAUCUGCAAUCACGGAGUUUAUCCUUCAAGGGUUUCCAGGCUCUCCACAGUCACAGAAGUAUCUGUUUGCCCCUGUUCUGUUUAUGUACAUCCUCACCGUAGUUGGCAACAUGCUGAUCAUUUUCAUUAUUGUCCAUGAUCAACGUUUGCAUAAUCCCAUGUACUUCUUCCUGGGAAACUUCUCUUUCCUGGAGAUCUGGUAUGUGACCACCUUGUUACCCAAGAUAUUAGUUAACUUUCUGGCCAAGAGGAGGGCCAUCUGUUUCUACUGUUGCAUCACCCAAGCCUUUUUCCACUUCUUACUGGGAGCCACUGAAUUCUUUCUGCUAGCUGCUAUGUCCUUGGAUCGCUACACGGCCAUCUGCAAGCCUUUGCAUUACAGCGUUAUCAUGAGCCGUAGGCUUUGCUUCCAGCUAGCAACGGGAUCGUGGCUGGGAGGGUUUCUCACAGUCAUUGUUCAGACCAUCAUGCUCUGCCAACUCCCAUUCUGCGGUCCCAAUCUGAUUAACCAUUUCUACUGUGAUGUGACCCCAAUCCUGAGCUUGGCGUGUGCUGACACACACCUCCUGGAACAGAUUGUUUUGGUGGGAUCUGCCCUGCUUCUCUUCACUUCCUUCUUAUUCACCGCAAUAUCGUACUUCUUCAUCAUAUUGACGAUACUGCGCAUCCCUUCCUCUUCAGGACGACAGAAGGCUUUCUCGACCUGUGCUGCCCACCUUACAGUUGUAUCAAUACAAUAUGGAACUGUGAUGUUUAUGUAUGUGAAACCGAAGGCCAAUGCCUCCCUUGAGGUGAACAAAGUGGUUGCUGUGUUGAAUACGGUCAUAACUCCUCUCCUCAAUCCCUUUAUCUACACUUUGAGGAACAAAGAUGUCAAAGAAGCUUUGAAGAAAACUGCAAAUAUAAAAUAA